UAUAAGAUGCUUGAUCGUACACGUAUAUUUACGUCAAAAGCCUUUUCAAUCUAUUCGCAGUGAGUCCAUACCAGGCUCAGUAAGGUGAAUCUCUUGUUUGUUCAAGUUAAUUUUGCAUGGAAGUAGUUAGUAUACGGUUAUGCAAAUUAAAAUUUCGAAAUCAGAGAAAAUUUUAAAAGUAUAUAGACUGCUUACUAAGGCUAUUCCUAUCGAAGCGGUGCAACGUUUCAGCACAACAGCAGGACUUAAAUAAAUACUACUGAAGAUCUGAGAACAAUCAGGACAUUUCAGUUCAGGCUACUGCGAUUAUUUCUUACACGAUGACGUCGAUCAUAAAAACGACCCUACACGAAAUUACAAGAUUCUGGGAAUUACGAGAUAAACGAGUGGACGAUUGGCCUUUGAUGAGCUCCCCAAUAAUGCCAAUCGUGAUCUGCCUGGCUUACGUAUACGUCGUCAAAAUAUGGGGUCCGCAGUACAUGAAAGAUCGACCAGCUUAUAAGCUAAAGGAGGCUUUAUUGGUCUACAACUUAUUUCAAAUCGUUUCAAACGGCUGGUUAUUCUACGAAUUAGGCCGCUACGGCUGGCUCAGUGGCAAUUACAGUUUCACUUGUCAGCCAGUUGACUAUUCGAAUAGCGAAUCAGCUUUGAGAAUGCUCAGGGCAAGCUACUUAUUCUAUAUUUUGAAAUUCUUCGAUUUAAUCGACACGUUCUUCUUUGUUCUUCGCAAGAAGUUCAGUCAAAUAACGACGCUUUACGUCAUCCAUCACGGAUUGAUUGUGGUCAACACUUGGCCUGGGGCCAGAUUCGUCUUCGGAGGACACGCCACUUUUUUUUAUUUUUCUCAACACGUUCGUUCACGCCGUCAUGUACUUUUACUACUUCAUGGCAGCGAUGGGACCACGCUAUCAAAAAUUCCUCGGUUGGAAGAAACAUCUCACCACCCUUCAGAUCACACAAUUCGUCGUGGGAUUGAUCCACUGUUUCCAGUUGAUUUUCAUCGAAUGUGAUUUUCCCGUUGCUUACUGCUGGUGGAUCGGUGGCCACCAGUUACUUUUUCUCUACUUGUUUAUCAAAUUUUACAAAAAAUCUUACGUUAUUCAACCUAAAAUCUCAUCGGCGCCGGACCAAAAUGGCAAGA